AUGAGUGAGGUUGGAAUAUCAAAAAGACAGGAAUCCCAAGUGAAGAAGAGUGAGGCAGGAAUACCACAAGGACAAGAAUCCCAAGUAAUAAAGAGUGGGGCCAGAAUACCACCAGGACAAGAAUCCCAAGUAAUAAAGAGUGACACUGGAAUACCAAAAAGACAGGAAUCCCAAGUAAAGAAGAGUGACACUGGAAUACCAAAAAAACAAGAAUCCCAAGUAAAGAAAAGUGAGACUGAAAUACCAAAAAGACAGGAAUCCCAAGUAAAGAAGAGUGACACUGGAAUACCAAAAAAACAAGAAUCCCAAGUAAUAAAGAGUGGGGCCGGAAUACCACCAGGACAAGAAUCCCAAGUAAUAAAGAGUGACACUGGAAUACCAAAAAGACAGGAAUCCCAAGUAAAGAUGAAUGAGGCCAGAAUACCAAAAAAACAAGAAUCCCAACUAAAGAAAAGUGAGACUGAAAUACCAAAAAGACAGGAAUCCCAAGUAAAGAAGAGUGACACUGGAAUACCAAAAAGACAAGAAUCCCAAGUAAAGAAGAGUGAGACUGAAAUACCAAAAAGACAGGAAUCCCAAGUAAAGAAGAGUGACACUGGAAUACCAAAAAGACAGGAAUCCCAAGUAAAGAAGAGUGACACUGGAAUACCAAAAAGACAGGAAUCCCAAGUAAAGAAGAGUGACACUGGAAUACCAAAAAGACAGGAAUCCCAAGUAAAGAAGAGUGACACUGGAAUACCAAAAAGACAGGAAUCCCAA